UCGCAACACAAUGUCUGAUGUUGAAGUGGAUCCACUGCAGCCUCACCCCCUUCCCAUAGCGGCUAUUGCCCCGAGGAGGCGUCGUCCAACCGGUCGACGAGGAGGAGGAGCAGGAGGGUUGUCGUCCGGUUCACUGGAUGCAGCAUCUUCCACAUCGCCGCCACCCCGUUUCUGCCCGCUGCCCAAUGGCGUUGAGGAUAACUGGACGUGGAGCAAGCGGCACCGCUCCAAGGAAGUGGUGCUCAGAGGACCCAACUCGCGGACCGUGCACUUCCAUCCCAACUGGAGCAAGGGCACUGCCGGUGUCCAGGGCAAAAGAUCCCUGAACAACGGACGGCAUUACUGGGAGCUCCAUGUCUCGCAGCGCGUCUUUGGCACCUCGAUAAUGUUCGGUAUCGGUACCAAGUCGGCCCGGCUACAUGCCAACGCCUUCCGGAACAUGCUGGGCGAGAACGAGCACGGCUGGGGACUGUCCCACAAGGGUGUGCUCUGGCACGAGGGCGUGGCCCUGCUGUACACGAAGCGGUUCCGCGAGAAUCAACCCACCCAGAUCGGCGUGCUCUUCGACGGCAUCGAGGGCACACUGACCUUCUACAAGGACGGCAAGUGCCUGGGCGUUGCUUUCCGCGGAUUGGAUCAGAUUGAUGAGCCCCUGUACCCCAUCGUAUGCUCUACUGCCGCCAAAACGGAGAUGACCCUAAAGUGCACCAGGAGGGAGUUCGUCAACCUACAGGAUCGCUGUCGGGCGGUGAUCAUGCGCCGCGUGCGAAGCGCUGCGCAGCUGGAGAAGCUGAAGUUGCCGCUGCCCAUCACCGACUAUCUGAGCGAGGUGAUCGAUGAGAAGAAGCCAUUGCGUCAGGUGGAUCCACUGGAGAUGUGCAUUAUGAAUUACGAUUUGUAUGAGGUCCGUGAAUGAUUUUAGUGCCAUCACAUAUUGGAAUGCCCAAUGCCUCCCAGACGAUGCAGUGGCUCCUCUGGGACAUGUGCAUUUCUCGUAGUAGCUUUAGAGCGGGCUAAGGUUAAGCAUCCGGAUAAUAGUCGUCCGACCUUUUGAUUUGUCUUCAUUUGUAGCGAAAAUGUGGGGAAAUAGGCCAAUUUGGUGCAAUAUUUGUGAUAUAAGAAAUGAGAGUAUAUGUAUGAAAACGUUUUUCGGGGCUUCAAGUGCUUGUUGCUAGAAAAUCGAAAAAUAAGCUAGAGCUAAGCAUAUUUUUCGAUAAAGAUGAGUGUGAAAUCUAGUCAAAAAGAACACGCUGCUAAACUAAUUUUGUAAAUUCGCAGACAGCAAUUAAGGCCUAAGUACUGUAAUGUAACAAAAUGGAAAUGUGUCUAGUCAUAAAUUGCAAAUAAAGCAAAGUGUAAUUUAGUAAAAAUUAUUU